AUGGUAGAUAAAGAUUCCCCCAUAUCAGUUAAUUCGUUUAAUGUGAAUGACACAAAUGCCCAACAAAUUAUUAGCGAGUCGACGUGCGGCGACGUCUUUGAGAAAGUGGUCCUCUUCGGACACAAACGUCUUGGAGUUGCUGGUGUUAGCAAAGAGUACCACACGAGCUUUGUCAUCGACAGUAUCAAAGGUGGAGUCGACCAAAUAUACGCAAUGCCACAAAUGGACAUGGUUUUAGCGCUCCAAAAGGGGCGUAUUGAAGUGUACCAAUUAGGUACUGACAAGAAUGUCGAUGGCGUCGACGCUUUCGACAAAGUCAAUCAAGGCGACACCCAAACUUCGAUGAAUGCCGAUGUCUUUUGUGUUGAGCGAGUGAAAGAAGACUUUGCAGUCAUCGCCAAAUACGAAGACAAGAAGAAGAUCGUCAGUAUCGGCCUUCUCGAGAGUAACGGACACUUGAAUGCGAUGGCCAGAGUCUUCUGCGCAGACUCGAAAGUGUAUGCUAUGUGUUUCUUAGGAAAGAGUUUAGUACUAGCAAUGGAAGACAAGAUCAUUAUAAUAUCGCCUUUUGGAGAUGUCAAAGGGGUUGUGGCUUCGCGAACUGCGAUGAAAAAGGGUCCCGUCAAAAUAUUGAAAGUAGAUGACGAGCAUGCUGUAGCGUCUUAUGAGUCUGAAAUUUACUUAUGUUUGCCCACUGAAAUAUUACAGGCGAAGGUCAGUAAUGCUAUUGUAGGAGCUGUCUAUCAAGUCCCUAAUCUCUUUAUUGUGUUAAAGCAGUCAUCGACACAGAACGUUGGAACAAAUGGACUGUACUACUACCCACUUCCUCUUAAAAACACAGUGACUGGUUCGCCAAAGUCUAUAAAAUCAGUGAAAGUCGAUGAUGUUGUUAAUAUACACGCGACAUAUCCCAUGUUCAUCAAAGCUAAAGGGGAGUGCUUUGACUUGAAACUGCGGCCCGACAAAGUGUUUGAGUCGUUGAAAAGUGGGUUGUAUGAGAGUACUAUCAAAGUGAUAGACGAGUUUCCUGAGAUGGCGAAAGACCCCCGACUGAAAGUGCAAACUGAAAUGGCGCAAUAUUGUUAUGCUUUGUCUCUUAUAGAGCAAUUCUUCAAAGAUGAGAACUUAAGAACAGCUACCUUCUUGGAAGAAAUAUUCUACCGACUGAGAAUGAGUCACGAGAAUAUCUUGUUGAUCACUGCGAUGUUGACACACACUGUUAUCAAAAGUUUCUUUCCUACACUCUCGAAAGAAUUGAGUAGAAUGUACACUGGAGAGUGGGAAGACGAGAAUGCGUAUUCUGAGAGCAGUUCUGCACUUAAAAUUGUUUUAAAUCGACUGAAGUCUAUCACAGAGAAGAAGUCACAAGACAAGCAGAACACAUUAAGUCCAGAGAUCCAAACGGCAUUUUUGCAUUACUUGUCGAUUCUUUUGUACAAGAACGAAUACACUUUCUUUGAAGAAGAUGAGUUGAAAAAGAAGGACACCACCAAGAGAAGACCAAACGAUACAGAAGGAUACAAAAUAUUCUUGACAACUUUCUUGCUUGUGUUAUACUCGUACAACCCCGACCACGCAAGACUUGGGCUUAUUGUGUCUCAAACGGACUAUUUGCUCUCAGACCACAUCAUCGACUUUGUUAGUGGAAAUACUCUAAUCAAUUAUUAUAUCAAGAUGAAUUACUUGGACGGUAUCUUUAACAUCAAGGCUAUUGGCCAGGAACAGAAAAAGAGUGCACUGAAGACAGUAGCGACUACAGUCCCUCUGACGGAGUUUGAUGAUCCAGUAGUCAUCGACUUUGAUAGAAAAUGUGAGAAGUACUUAAAAGAGUUCAUCUCGACGCAACAAGGCACUGAUGACGAAAUUAAUGAGAAGCUAGGGACUGAGGUGUAUGAGCUCUUUGGUGGGAAAGAAUUUAAAGCUCCUGUCGAUUUGUGUGUCAAACACAUUAAGUCGUGGACACUUGCGGAUUCGUAUGAAUUAAAGAACGAAACGCGUCUUCGUAUUGCUGUGAUGUUUCUUAGAAAGUUAUAUUCCGAUGCGUUAAAUAGUAAAGCACGCAGUACAAACUUAGAUUGGCUGACUGAGCGAAUUACAUUGGCAUAUUUGGAGUACUUCACAUUUGUAGCGACCGAAGAAAGUCUGAAGAAUCCGUCGAAAGAACUCGUUCAAAAUUGUUGCGCGUUAAUAUACCAAACAAAGGCCACUUCAAAGGAAUGUUUUUAUAAAGUCCACAACGAAAUGCCACCAAAGUUCUUCCAAGUUCGCUGUUGUGUUGGGUACUUAGAAAGUAAAGAAGAGGCGUACAACCAAUUAAUAAGAAUCAAUGAGAGCUGGCCAUCAUAUCCAGAACGAGACUUAGACGACGAUGGAAAUUACUCGACCAAAUUUAUAGGGAAGAUCGACACGGUUAUCGACUUGACUGAACAAGAAAUCAAAGCGUUUUUGACGCGAGUUACCGGUAUAAAGAACAUCACCAACCACAAUUACAGGGAAAUUCUCCUCACAAAUUUAAAGAAGAUGCAAGACGACUUUCUGAAUGCGAGAGCGUGCAAGGAGUGUGCAUUAAAAGGAAGUGCAUGUGAAACACAUAAGAAUGCAUAUAUCCCUUUUGUUGAGCCGACGAUCACAAGACACAUAGCUGAGAGCAUCUUGUUCACACUGAUUGUCUUUGGUAAAGAAAAGUACUUUGAGAUGGUCAGGGAGUUUGCAAAGAAGUGUGGGAACACUAUACCGGAAUGGGUGUUACAGUUCUUGUUGUCAUUCUUCAUCCCGGGCCUGUUAGACUUCUUUGGUGGAAAUGAGUACAACGUGAAGGGGAUCAUCUCAUCCGUCGAAGACGUCUUUUCUAAAGAACCAUCUCCCAAGAACACGGAAAUCACAAAAGUCUGUUUGAAGAGGAUAUACGUGCCAAUUGUGAGGUACUUAAGAGCUUACUUUUCCAAGAACACUGCUUUGGACUCGUUGUUCCUUAUCGACUGUUACUUGGCAUAUUUGAAAUUACCAGGAAAUGAUCAACUUGAAGCUACAAAGGCAUUGAUCGACUGUAUGUCGAACCCGAUUUAUUCCGAAAGGAUUAAGAAAGCGUCUGGGUUGUCGUGGAGGUUGCAGUGUCGUAUCAAACACCACGUCAGUUUCAUGGAAGGUCUUCGUCAAUACUUUGUUGAGUUAAAGAGGCGACUUGUUGAUGUUGGGGAGGAUGAAUUCAUAAAAAUCUUUGACGACCGAUUUGCGAAUUAUUUGUCGAGCGUUAACACUGAAAUUGGAUUAGGGUAUCGAAAUGGGAUUAACCCUGAAUCCUAUAUCACUCUUAUUCGACAGUUUUACAGACCAUUUUCUGUUCAACAAGACAACAUUUUAGUUGAAAUUGUGUUGCAUUGCGUGUGUUUACGAGACCACAACGGAUACUCCCCAUUACUCAAUAGAACUAUUUGGGAACUCCUUCAAAAGAACUCAGUCGAACUACCAUUUAAACCAAAAGUGGCACUCACACUCUUUUCUAUGUUUUACCCAAUCAUUCCUCUUGAAAUGACUCAAAAACAAAUGGACUGGAUAUUUAACAUCCAGACAUAUACCCUCGACCAAAAGAACAUCUUCUUCGAGUUAUUCGACACAUUGAAAACAACCGGUGACUUGAUCAAAUUGACUCCAGCAAUCCACUACUUCUCUCACCAAUUCUCUCAACUUAAACUCGAAAGCGCGUCACAAAAAUCACUUGUCGCCAACGCCCCAAGACGUUACUUCAAAUUGCCGUACGGUCAAAUCUGCAAAUUGUGCGGCACAAAAAUUGCACUUAGAGAGCACUUGACGUAUUCCAAUGGACAGUUCUGCCACGUCACAUGCCAUUAA